CUGCUUUCCUCUUCCUUUCCUGCUUCGUUAGCUUUCCCUCUGAGAGCCAUAGUACGGGAAAAGAAUCAAGGAGGCCCGAUUUUGAUUUGGUAGGGCCAUGAAUAAAUCUUCAUAGAGAAGGUUUCUGCAAGUUCUAAGCUGAGGAAGCUAAGAGAGCUGAGACGCGGAUGGCUACUGAUACUGCGAGCGUUGCCAAGCAAGCGGAGAUUUCACGCCACAAUGGCAACGUCGCAUUCAAAAAAGAACGCCUUGGAGCCGCGAUCGAUGCGUAUACUGAGGCUAUAACACUUUGCCCUGAUGUGGCUGUUUAUUGGUCCAAUCGGGCUCUCUGCUAUUUCAAGAGAAAAGACUGGGAAAGAGUUGAACAAGAUUGCCGAAAUGUCAUACAACUGGACGGUUCUUCUGUGAAGGCUCGUUAUAUGUUGGGGCUUGCAUUGUUAGAAAGGGAAGAUUUUGCUGGAGGUAUCAAGGAAUUAGAGAAGGCCUUUGAUCUUGAGAGGAGCACAAAUCCUGAUGGGGACAUGGUUGAGGAUGUAUGGCAGGCACUUGCUAAAGCCAAAUACUUGGAGUGGGAACUUUCAUCAAGUAAACGGGCAUGGAGGUUGCAGAAACUCAAGGAUGAAUGUGAAAGUGCUCUUAUCCUGCAUCAGUCUCUUCAAGAUCCUCAGUCUGAAGAUGGUUCUCAAGCAUCUUCAGAUGAUAAAGUUGACCAAUUUGAACUUCUUAAUGAAGUCUUCAGUAAAGCUUUGGAGGAUGACACUCCUAGCGAAGUACCUGACUAUCUAUGUUGCAAUAUCACACUUGAUAUCUUCCAGGAUCCUGUGAUCACUCCAAGUGGUUUUACUUAUGAAAAAGCUGUACUUCUUGAACAUCUUGAAAAGGUUGGUAACUUUGAUCCUAUUACGAGGCAACCGCUUGAUAAGGAUGAGUUGAUACCAAACCUUGCCAUCAAGGGAGCCGCUCGUGCAUUUCUCAAGGAGCAUGGUUGGGCAUACAAGACGAACCCAGCGUUUUAGUUCAUUACCAAGGAGGGAUUUUUGAAGUCCUUGAUGAACCUUAAGCUAUAACAGGUAUUAGCCCAGUCGAAUUCCCUUUUCUAUGUGUUUCACAACCCACCUUUUGCGAAAUCCUCUGUGGUGUUCUGUUUCUUGCUCUCUAGCUAGUCGCUCUUUUUGCUUACGUGAGUUUACAUAGGAAAUUGCUUGUGAUAUUCAUCCUCUUACAGAUUGCUCAUCUUGUUAUCUGUUGUACAGUUGGUAGUUCAGUCCACUGGAUCAUAUUUUCUGACAGCAUUAUCAUUAAUCCUGAUCUGAUUUGUCUGGGUUCAGAUGGAAAAAUAUUGUUAUAAUAUGUUUAUAGCCUAUGUUUGAAUGGUGUUUUUGACAAGCUUGAUUGCUUUUUAUUAA